AUGGCAAAAAAGAAAGCAUUCACCCCCCUUCUAUAUCUUGCAUCUAUAGUAUUUUUGCCCUGGUGGAUCUCUCUCUCAUUUAAUAAAAGUCUGAAAUCUUGGGUUACUAAUUGGUGGAAUACUAGGCAAUCCGAAACUUUUUUGAAUGAUAUUCAAGAAAAGAGUAUUCUAGAACAAUUCAUAGAAGUAGAGGAACUCUUCCUGUUGGACGAAAUGAUAAAAGAAUACCCGGAAACACAUCUACAAAAACUUCGGAUAGGAAUCCACAAAGAAACGAUCCAAUUGAUCAAGAUGCACAAUGAGGAUCGUAUCCAUACUAUUUUGCACUUCUCGACAAAUCUAAUCUGUUUCGUUAUUCUAAGUGGUUAUUCUAUUUUGGGUAAUGAAGAACUUGUUAUUCUUAACUCUUGGGUUCAAGAAUUCCUAUAUAAUUUAAGCGACACAAUAAAAGCUUUUUCUAUUCUUUUAUUAACUGAUUUAUGUAUCGGAUUCCAUUCGCCCCACGGUUGGGAACUAAUGAUUGGCUAUAUCUACAAAGAUUUUGGAUUUGCUCAUAAUGAUCAAAUUAUAUCUGGUCUUGUUUCCACCUUUCCAGUCAUUCUAGAUACAAUUUUUAAAUAUUGGAUCUUUCGUUAUUUAAAUCGUGUAUCUCCGUCACUUGUAGUUAUUUAUCAUUCAAUGAACGACUGA